UGCUUAGUAUCAGGUGGCAAAUUAUGCUUAAUGUUUUCCUUUUGUCCUGUAUCGUUGUUUUUAAUCUGUUAUAAUUUCACCUUUGUUAAUUAACGAGGCUGUAUUCAUACAUUUAUUUAUUUAUUAUCAGAAAUUACUAUAUCAAUUUACAGAACCAUCAUAUCUAUCAAGGCUCAUAAAAAUCGAUACCUAAACUAUUAUUGAUUUUUACUUGUUAAUGUAAUGUAAUGCUGUUUAGGUACCAGGUAAAUUAAGACGAUGGCCACAUUAGUGCAAUCUUAUGAGCAGCAAUAUUCGGUGCUUACUGCCGACAUCACCGCAAAAAUAGGACGAUUAAAAAAUGGCACUGCAGAAAACCGAGAACAAUUAUCAAGAGAAAUACAGUCAAACUUUGAAGAGGCAAAUGAUUUGUUGGAACAGUUGGAGUUGGAAGCACGAGGUCCCCGUGUAGCUGCUUACCGUGCUGAACUGCAGCGAGUCAAACAACAGUUCAAAACUACACUCGGAACCAAUGGACAUUUAGUGGGUGAGGUGUCGGAGAGCGAGGACUGGGGUGCGGGCGAUGAGCGCCGACAGUUGCUCGACAACUCAGAGCGCCUUGAACGCGGAGGCCGAGUUUUGUCUGAAGGAUAUAGAGUCCUACUCGAGACUGAACAGGUGGGAGCAGCUGUGCUGCAGGAUCUCAGCGUACAGCGGGAGACCAUACAGCGGUCGCGCGCUCGGCUGCGCGAGACCGACGAGGAGCUGGAUCGGUCGUGGCGGGUGGCGGCGGGCAUGUCGGCGCGCGCGCUGCGGCACCGCGCGCUGCUGCUGGCGGCGCUGGGCGCGCUGGCGCUGCUCACGGGGCUGGCGCUCUACCUGGCGCUGUCCUGAUGCUGGCCGGCGUGCGGCGCCCGCAAGCGCUGCGCCGCCCUGCCGCUCGAGCGAAUACUCAACGUACCUGUUCUCAAACUAGGAUUGACCUUCGAGAAGAUGUUACAUAAUAUGAAACCGUAAAACUGUCCUAAGCAUAUUUUCUUUGGGCGUGACGUUAGUAUGUAAUGCUUAAAAAUCGACUUCGAUCACAAAUGACACGAACGAUAUAUCUACACGUAAUCAAAUUAGUUCUUCAUAGUGAAGUACAUAGUUCUGUCUCGCGUCACAUACUGACCAGUGUGCUUAGUGAGAGUUUUUUAACGUUCUCGAUAGCGUAAAAGUUAGCCAAAUUUGUAUAGAGUUGGAAUGUUUGCCUACGUUUGCCGCUAGGGGCGCUGAUCCAACUCCAUACAAAUUUGAAUUACUUUUACGCUAUCGAGAACGUUAAAAAACUCGCACUAAGCACACAUAUUUACAGGCCGGAUAAAAAAAAAUAGUUUUAAGGUAAUCGCUUAUGGCAGCCCUGUAGCUAAUAAAUUAUUAUAAUCUGCUAAAUCACCUUCCAAGGGAGUAAAAUUAACUUGCAUUAUAUAACUUGCAAACAAAUAAAAUGUAUUCACUGUUGCUAUUCUGUAAGUCUAUAAUUGAUUUUUUAUUUAUUUAUAUAGACGUAAUUUAAAGGUUAAUAAUGUAUCUACGAAUAUAUUGAAAAUAUAAUUUAAAAAAAAAAACUCUUGUAAAUAUUAACUUCUUAAAUACCUAUGUUAACAUAGUUUUUAAAAUAAUUACAAUUGUUGGACAAAAUGUUACACAAAAAAUAAACGGUCACGUGUAUUACUAAUUUAAAUAGAACAUAGUUAAUCUCAAUAAAUUAUAAGUUUUUCAAUUUGAAAACUUGCUAAAUUUAUCUGAAUAAUCACUAAAAUGAUCUCUUAAAAUAGUGCUGCCGAUUAUAAAUUUUGCUAGUGACGAAAUGUCUAAAUCUGUUAUUUUUUUUAUUUAGUACGUAGACUCCGUGUAUGAUAUUUACGGCACAAUCGGUAAGGUAAACUGGUGAUACCACAAUAAAAAAAAAAACUUUGACCAAAUUCUAUCUAUUAUCUAUCUAUCUAUAUUCUAUCUAUAUCUAUUCUAUGUUAGAAAAAAAUAUAACAAUUUGGUAUCUUUAAAGCUGAUGAUACAAACAUAAAGUCCACACCUACCUUUAUAUAUAUAUAUAGUUGAUACGCAUAGUUUUCCUUUGUUUGUAGUACUUUAGUACCAAAUAUCGUCUUGUUUUACUUCGAUAAUGUAAAAUAUUACAGAAUAAGAUUUGCUCGUUUUGUUUGUAAACUGUCUCCUACUUUAACAAUAUUUGCGAUAUUUAUAAUGUCACUGAGUGUUAUUAUUAUAUCAUAGUUAAGUGUUAAUAGAAGUAAUUAGCUGAAUAAAUGUGAUAUAUAAUG